UCUGGUCCGACUCCACACUAUAUAUAGAGAGCAGGGGUUCCAGUUUGUAGUACGUUCCAGCUAUUGCUUCACGGUAGAGAUGUCUGGACGCGGAAAAGGAGGAAAAGGGUUGGGAAAGGGUGGUGCUAAAAGGCACCGCAAAGUCCUUCGUGAUAAUAUCCAAGGCAUCACUAAGCCUGCUAUUCGUCGUUUGGCUCGUCGUGGAGGAGUGAAGCGUAUUUCUGGUCUCAUCUACGAAGAGACUCGAGGAGUGUUGAAGGUUUUCCUGGAGAACGUUAUUCGUGAUGCGGUUACGUACACUGAGCAUGCUAAGAGGAAGACUGUAACUGCUAUGGAUGUAGUCUACGCUCUGAAACGCCAGGGUCGUACUUUGUAUGGCUUUGGUGGCUAAAACCAUAUUGUUUGUGACCUUCAAACAAAAAAAAACCAAAGGCCCUUUUCAGGGCCAC